AUGAUUCUCCUAAGUUGGAAUUCCCGGAGGCUUGGGAACCCGCUGGGAAUUAGAGUACUUCGUGAUUUAAUCCAAAGAGAAGGACCCGAUAUUGUAUUUUUGCAAGAAACUCGACUACAAGGCAAAGUCAUGGAGAAAUUAAAAUUUAGUAUUGGUUUUACCAACUGUAUGGCAGUGAACGGUGAAGGGAGCAGUAGGGGUUUGGCUUUGUACUGGAACAAUACCUCCCAGCUUGAAAUUCUUAAUUAUUCGAAGCACCACAUUCAUGCUUUGGUCACCAACAUCGAAGGGGAUGAUCAGGAAGGAGUUUCAUGGUACUUGACUGGAAUCUAUGGGCACCCGGAGGCUUCAAGAAGGCUGGAAACCUGGAACAUGAUUAGAUCUCUAGAAGUUACUAGUAAUCGAGGUUGGUUAAUGAUAGGUGAUUUUAAUGAGAUCCUAAGUAACUAUGAGAAAAAUGGUAGUAGGAUCAGACCAGAAAACCAAAUGAGGGACUUUCGCCAGCUUCUGGAUGACUGUGAGAUGAUAGACUUGGGCUUCAAUGGUAACCAAUUUACUUGGUGGAAUGGAAGGGGACAUCAGUAUAGCAUUUGUGAGAAAUUAGAUCGCUUCCUAGCUAAUUUGGAGUGGAAGUCUCAGAACCUGUUGGUUGAAGUUAACCACGGCUUUGCCCCUUACUCUGAUCACAUUCCUAUCACUCUCAAGACUCAGGUGGAUAGAAGACAAAUGAUUAGAAAAAAAAUUUUCAAGUUCGAGACCAUUUGGGCAGAAGAACCAAAGUGUAAAAAGGUCAUUGAGCUAGCUUGGGAAGGAGCUACGGGCCAAAGUGACUUGCCAUCUAUAUUGGAUAAAAUAAAGCGGUGUGGAGAAAAACUUGAUGUGUGGAACAGAGUAUGUUUUGGCAAUGUGAGAAGAAAUAUCGAGCAAGCUCGAUUGAAAUUAAAGAAGCUGCAACAAUCAGACCCGUACUACCAAAGAAGUAAUUCUCUUCGAGCUGCUAGAACCGAUCUUCAGAAGUGGUUGGAAAGGGAUGAACAUUUGUGGAAACAAAGAGCUAAAGUUCUGUGGCUGCAAGCAGGUGAUAAAAAUACCCGGUUCUUCCAUAGCAAAUCAUCUCAAAGAAGAUAG